AAAAAAGUAAUGCCAAGAGUGACUGUACAUCUUCACACGUUGAGGGUUGUACUGUUUCUCUUCGUCUGUGGUUUCUGGUUAAAACCAAUAUUUUUCAAAAGACUUGCACCAAAGACCCUCAUCAAGCAGAGUGUUUUCAGUUCAUUUAAACUCUUUUGCCAAACAAGAUGCUGCAGAGUAUCAUCCUUAUCAGCCUGCUGAUAUCCUCAGUUUGUGCUCUUCACUGGGAAAUGCAGAAAGAAGAUUCUACUGGAAAUGAACUUGAAAAAGGCUCUGGUGAGAUACAAACUGAACAGCAACCUGGAAUAUGCAAGGUUUGCAAAUUGGCGAUGAAGAAGCUGAAAAAACAGAUCUCAAAUGGAGCAACUCUGGAUGAUGUUAAAAAGAAGCUGGCGAUGGUCUGUGAUGAGAUUGACUCCCUAAAGUCACUGUGUAGGAAGUUUGUGUAUAAGUACAAGGACACUCUGGUCGAAGAACUUUCAACUACUGAUGAUGCCAGAACCAUCUGUAUUAACAUUGGAGUUUGCAAGAAAUGGGUGUGGAGUUAAUUAUUAAACUUUUUAAAGUUGAAGAAUUCUGUUUUCUUUGAUAAACUGAAGAAAUGUGCAAGGCUUUAUUUGUUUGUUUCUAAAGGGCUUUUCACAUUGCACUUCAUUCAUCUCUUUCUAAACCCAGUUUCUAACUCCGGUUAAUGGAAUGUUUUACGUGUUUCAGCUUUGUGAGUCCAUUUCAUUCUUACCUUUAUAGUCAGAAAAGUCCAUUCAGGAAAGAAAAAAAAAAACCUUUAUACAGUCAGCAAUAUCUGAGGAUGUGCAAUGCAAGAGCAAUAAAUGACACCGACCCUGCAAAUAUGCAAAGAAGAAUGUUAACCCAGGAUUUAGGAAUGUAGAAUCUGUACCAAAUUAACUCAGGAUUCCGUUUUCCCGUGUUUAGAAUGACUCGAGCUGAAAGGCAUACUUCAUGCUGUCAUCAUUUACCCGCCCUCAAGUUAUUCCAAAUCUGUAUAAAUGUAUUUCUUCUUUUGAACACAAACAUUACAAUUAUUUUGAAGAAUAUGUGUAACCAAAGAGUUGAUGGUCCCCAUUGAUUUCCAUAGUAUUUUUUCCAUACUAUGGAAGUCAGUGGAGACCGUAAGGUGUUUGCUUACCCUUAUUCAAAAUAUCUUCUGUUCAACAGAAAAAAAAGACAUUCAUGCAGGUUUGAGAGUGAAUAAAUAAUGAGAGACCUUUUAUUUUAAUGUGGACUACACCCUUAACUAUUUCAAGUCUAAAAAGCCCUUGAGUGUUAGCUUUAGCUGGGAAGUUGGUGAACUUCCUGGAACUUCUGCACUAGAGCUAAUGGUGUGAUUAUUGUGGUGUUGUAUGCCACAGUGUUCUGUCUAUUUGUCAUGUCUACUCAACUUUACACCACUUUUUUGCAUUCAGUUGAAAAUAAAUUUGUGAAACGAA